AGUCCGUGCAAACUACACGCGAAACUUUGUCUAUGACUUUUUCAACGUUUUUGCAAUGACUGUUCUAAGUAUAACGUUGUUAGCUCUACUAUCGCUCUUUUUUUUCGUCACUGAUGCCGAAGAACGAUGUUACGCGGAGAACGAUGCACCCUAUCGACUAAUGGGCACCAGGACAGCUUACAAGUCGGCCAGAGGAAAUGUCACACGACACCUAAUUGAUUCAAGAUGUAAACCAGUACAAAUCUGGGCAUUAAUUAGACAUGGCACACGAUACCCUAACAGAGACGUGAUCGAGAAAUUUCCGCAGUUGAACCAAAUUCGAAAUCAGAUUCUUUCGAACCACGUCAAUCGAGGUAAGCUCUGCGCCACUGAUUUGAAAAAUUUGCGAGAAUGGAGAAUAAAACCAGAGUCGAACAAGAUGUCGGCAAAAGAGCUGGCCGAGAACGGUAAGAAGGAGCUGCGAGAGUUAGCCAGGCGCCUGAAAGAGAGCUACCCCGAACUCUUGCGAGUCGACAAUUCGCGGGACGACUGGGAGACAGACUACAAAUUCAGAUCCACGGAUACGCAGAGGACAAAAGCUAGUAUGGAAGCUUUCAUGGAUGGUUUGUUGGAGGGUAAGAAGGUAAAACCAGAAGAACCACCAAAGAAUGAUUCGCUUUUGUAUGCGUACAAAAAUUGUCCUGCGUACGCGGACAGUUUGAUAUCCGACCCCAUAGUUAAUAGUGAGACAAUUAAGUUUACAAACGGUCCCGAUUUUCGAGCCGUUCUGCAAAAUGUGUCCGAUCGUCUUGGAUUUGAGAGUAUCAUCGACACAGAUGCAAUGUUGCUCAUCUACGAGAUCUGUCGUUUCGAAACGGCCUGGCACGAACGAUCAGCCUGGUGCGCAGCUUUUAGCGCAGAGGAUAUCAAGGUAUUCGAGUACCGCGAGGAUAUCGGUUGUUAUUACUAUUGUGGACCUGGACGACGCAUAAACGAGAUGCUUGGCUGUCCACCAUUACAGGACAUGAUCAGAAGAUUCAGAAAUCUGGAGAAAAAUGCCGACGAGCCGAAAGGCGUCUUCUACUUCAGUCACACAGUGACACUUCAGACGACUAUGGCUGCAAUGGGUAUUGGCAAAGACCCAUACCCACUCCUGUCGACUAAUUACCGUGCAGCAGGCGACAGGACGCUCAGAAGUUCAUUGAUAGGACCAUUUGCCGGCAAUCUCGUAGCCGUCUUCCACAGAUGCAGCGAUAACAAGACGACUCGACACAAAGUAACCCUCCAUGUGUCUGAGCGCCUCUGGCCUGUAUCGGGAUGUACCAACGGCAUCUGCGACUGGGAGAUGUUCGAGCGAAAAUACGCCAAUGCCGCUGAUCGGUGCAAUUUGAAUUUCUGUUAUCAGUGAGAAAAUAAAAUAAAAACGAUGCGCAGA